AUGACGUUUCAACAAGAGGGAGUGAGCAUUUUCCUUAAUGACGUCGCAUAUACCGGCUGUUUGACUCGGAAGCCAUACAAGCGUGUAAAGAAGAAAUGACCGACAGUGACCUCAAAUAAGAUGUUGAAGACCUAUCUUUUGUCUUCAUCGCUUUACAACACAUCAGCAUUAAUGUAGAACUCUGACAAAACAAUUGUACAUUUUGAAGCGCCUUCGAAACGUCGAGUCGUUACGCAUCUGUCUGUCUCCCGAACGUUCAUAUUUGCUUCGUAAAACCAUGGAAAAUGCUGAAACAUCCGAUCAAAACGGAGCGACGCGCUAUGUAAACGGGUUUCACACCCUACAGUCCGAUGACGGGGAGUGUAUUCCAUCUAACGGAGGUGGUCUGGGUGCUAGUGACAGUUGCGGUGGCCAUAAUGGUAUUGAACAUUUCCACCAUCUUCAUCAGGAUGUACACAACAAUGGUUCGCCCGCGAAGCGCUGCAGACUCCGAAGACGCGUGGAUUCGGGAAAGAAGAACAGACCGCCCUUUCCAUGGUUUGGGAUGGAUAUCGGAGGCACUCUGGUAAAGCUGGUUUACUUUGAGCCCAAGGACAUAACUGCUGAAGAAGAACAAGAAGAAGUGGAGAGCCUGAAGAGCAUCCGCCGCUAUCUGACCUCCAACGUGGCCUAUGGAAACACGGGUAUCCGUGACGUUCACCUGGAGUUGAAGAACCUCACCAUGUGUGGCCGGAAAGGCAACCUACACUUUAUUCGGUUCCCCACGCAAGACAUGCACCGCUUCAUCCAAAUGGGCAGAGACAAGAACUUCUCCAGUCUACACACCACACUGUGCGCCACGGGUGGGGGCGCAUACAAGUUUGAGGACGACUUCAGAACGGUGGCUGGUUUGGAGCUCCAGAAGCUGGAUGAACUGGACUGUCUUAUUCAAGGUCUUCUGUAUGUUGACUCAGUCAGGUUCAAUGACCAUCCCGGGUGUUAUUUUUUCCAAAAUCCUUCCGAGCCUGAAAACUGUGUCAAGAGGCCAUUUAGCCUGGAGAACCCCUUCCCUAUGUUGCUGGUAAACAUUGGCUCGGGGGUUAGCAUCCUGGCUGUCUACUCCAAGGAUGAUUACAAGCGAGUCACAGGCACCAGUUUAGGAGGUGGUACGUUUCUAGGCCUGUGUUGUUUGCUGACUGGCUGUGAGACAUUUGAGGAGGCUUUAGAGAUGGCAGCUAAAGGGGACAGCACAAAUGUGGACAAACUAGUGAAGGACAUUUAUGGAGGUGAUUAUGAGCGCUUCGGUCUCCAGGGUUCUGCCGUUGCAUCCAGUUUUGGUCAUAUGAUGAGCAAGGAGAAACGUGAUAGUAUAAGUAAAGAGGACCUGGCCAGGGCCACUCUUGUGACCAUCACAAACAACAUUGGUUCCAUCGCCCGCAUGUGUGCAGUGAAUGAGAAUAUCGAUAGAGUGGUUUUUGUUGGGAAUUUCCUUCGGAUCAACACCGUAUCAACUAAGCUGCUAGCCUAUGCCAUGGACUUCUGGUCUAACGGACAACUGAAAGCCCUUUUCUUAGAACAUGAAGGUUAUUUUGGAGCUGUUGGUGCCUUCCUAGAGUUACUGAAGAUGACUGAAGACUCCUGAGACACUGAGGAAAACCCAACCUUCAAACCAGAAGCUGCUGUAAGAUUUCAGGAAAGCCACAUCCCCUAAUAAGGAAAAGCCAUUUAAUAAUGUGACGAGUUUCCAUUUCUCUUCAAAUCAUCUACAUGUUGGCCCUUCUAUGCUCGUGACAGGAGCAGAUGUUCAAGAGGUUGUGAUGCAACAGCGCACCAUUUUCAGUGUGUGAUGAGCUUCACCUCAUGCCAACUGUUUCUAGUUGCCAUAAACCCAGCACAGAUUUGCCUUUGCCGUGUAUUGAUGAUUUGAGUGGAAGAUGAUUUAGGAUACUAAUGCUUGUAUACUCUCUCUACUCCCUGUUUGUGAGCUUUAUGAAAACAGUCGUAACAUAUGAAAAGGGUUUGGAGUAUUAUGUGUAUUAGUGGAACAGCCUGCUGUAUAAAAACAACCUUCCCCAAUCCUCUCUGAACAAAUCAUGCUUUGAACCACAAAUCAGAUUUAUAUUUACGCAUAGAUAAGCGGUCUGUAAGAACAGUCCAUUUACGCGGGACUUUUCUCUCCCAGUUCCAGUCGCAUACAAGCAUUUAUAAUAUCUGUAUUACGUUAAAAAUGCUAAGUUGUAUUAUUAAUCGUAAAGUCGUCUUGGACACUAAAGCGCGAGUCCAAAUUCAUUCAUUUUUUUUUAUAACAAUACAUCAAAUACCAUUUGAAUUUCAGUACUUUUCAAUUAGAUCAGUCUUUUAUUUGAACACUUUUACAGAAUUAGCGAAAUGUUGUCAGGUAGACCUGUUUUAUCUACACUGGGCCUGAUUAGUGGAUGAUUAGUGGAUUGCUGGCAUGAGUAGCUAUAGUUUCUAAGAUAUCUUUACCUCCUUUUAACUGUCCUGUGUAAUGAACAGUGAACAUAUGCACCUGAGCUGACACUGAUUGUGUCCAAAUUGUCUACAUUGACUGGAAAACAGUAUCUUCAUCAGAUGGAGAAUUCUCAUAGUUCACUACAUAUAGUUUAGUAAGUCCUUUCUUAUGGUGAUAAUGAUUUUUAUUCGGUUUUGCAGUCCCAAAUGCUGAGAUUUCUCUGAUCUGAAUGUGUUAACAGUUUACCCUGUGUAUAUACACUGUAGUGUGUACUGUUUUGUUGUUUUGUUUUUAUUUAAUUUAACAUUUGCACAAACCAUCUCUUGUCAUAUUCAUGCCAUUAUGCAGUGAUGUCUUAAAUUUAGUUUGAGACUGCUAACCAAGACAUAUAUUUACUGUCAAACCUCCUCGCAGAUGCCUUUAUCCUUUCAACAUUUUCAUCUUAAACAUCAUCUAAUACUGAACAUAUUUUGCCUUUUUUUCCCCCUCAUGUAUCAACAUGAGAAUCUCUAAUUAUAUGCCUAAACACCUUUUAACUCUCUGUAUUAAUGCUGGACAGCUAGGUCUGACUGUGCACACUCCAGGUUGUUGUUCAGAACCAGAUGUAUGUUAAAAUGUGCUCCUAAAGCUGGAAUAAGAAAUUCCAAAAAAGUUAUUCCAGUCACUAUAAUCUGUCUAAAUAUGUAAAUCAGAAACAUAAGCCUUUCUAAGAGAAAAUGUAUCGCUUUUCCCUCCCUUUGAGCCACAGCAUGACACCAGUUACAUUUCUGCCAAUUAAAUUUUCUCAUUUUGCCUUGACACUGUAAAUAUGAACUAAAAAGGCAUUCAAUACUUUCUUUUUAACAGCACUGAGAAAAUAAACCGGUUUCAAGCUUGUUUUUUUUUUUUUUUGCUGAUCAUCGUGAAUGCAAGCAAGACCAAAACUCCUAAAAGGAAGUAAUAAGAGGAAUAAUAUCUUAAUGCAAUUUCUAUUAGACGAUUCUGUCUUUUGUGUCAAAAAUAAUCUUCUAUUGUGAGUGUACUGAACCUACUACAUGUUCAUCAGGUACUGUAACUCAACAACAGGCCUGUGCUGACAUUAAUGUGUCUUUUAGCUGCUGGUAACAUCUGUAACAGCACAUUAAGCACACUGCCUCUACUUCUUUUCCUUCUGUCUGUUGAUUCAUGCUUUACUUUUUCUGCUCAGUCCUUAGAAUUGCCUUAUGCAGUGGGGUGCCAUUUUGUCUUUGGAUGUCACUCUGGAUUAUGCACAAUGGCAUCCCAACAUCUCUCUGAGCCACAAAAGUAACUUCCAAGUGUUACGGGGUGCCUUUUACAGAUAGAGACAAGGCUUUAUCUCUGUAUCCUCUGUAUUGUUGCUAAUGCUAAAUCCAGAUGUCACUGUAUACAGUAAACAGUAUAUUUGAGGUGUUUUCUUUUUCUUUUUGGGGGGUAUUGCUUUACCUGUAUUCCACAGCAGACUGAAUGCAUGUCGGUACAUUGUGUUUUUACUGAGCCAAUGCAAAGCAUGUAAGCAAUUUCUGAACAGGUGUGUCAUUUCCUUAAGGUGAUGAUAUACGGGGCAACUUUUUGAGCAAUGUUGCUGGUCAAUGUUACCAUCAACGGGCAACCAGGUAUCC